AUGCCCAAUGUGACGCAUAUAAGGCCAGUCCAUUUACAGUUCAAACCAUGUGAAGAACAAAUGGGUAUGUGCUCAUUCCCAUCAGCCCAUGUUCAGUUGACACGACAGAGCAAUCUCCUGAUGUCCGGGCAGCCUUAUCGGAUAAAGUUAAUACUAGAUAUGCCUGAGACGCAGGUCAAUAAGGACUUAGGCAUGUUCAUGGUGUGUGCUCAGAUGAGAGGAAAGGGAGGUGUGUUCAUCUCCUCGUCGUGUAGGUCGUCAAUGCUCAGACACAGCUUUCCCGCCAGGUCGAGGCUGCAUCAGCUGAUCAGAACGACCGUUUUCGCGCCGUUGCUGCUUGGCGGUCUGGACGAGGAAAAACAACAGGUCCAAGUCGAGCUGUUUAGCGACUUCGUCGACGACCCGGAGUUGCCGGUCACCGACGUUUACGUUGAGCUGCAGUCUCGCUUCGCGCAGACUUACGCAUGCGAGCUGCACAUACAGGCCCACUUUACAGGCCUCCGCUACUUGAUGUACUACUGGCCGCGCACCUCUGCGGUUGUAGGUAUAUCAUCGAACUUAUUCUUCGUCUCCCUGAUCUUCGUACUCAGCUGGUAUCAUCUGCAGGACGGACUACCGGAAUUUCUCAAGAGCACAUUCGGCGGUGCUGAAGUGAAGCUCGAAGAUGAAAAGAAGUUAUUGGGUAAAGUGAAAUUGGAGAGAGAGACUAAAGAAUCGUUCCCUUUCUUCGAAGACGAGACGCUGCUCGAAGAGUUUCAGCGUUUGGAACAGAAGAAGAGU